CUGUGGGAAAGAACGCUGGGUUUGUGUUACUGACUCACUGAAUCUGCUUGCUCAGAUUAGAGUUUCCUCAGCAGAGGAAUUCCUGAACUCGGGGAUCUAUUGAGUAAUCCGCCCCCCCCCACACACCCCCUGUUGAUUAUAUGACCCAGAGUGUUCCAGUGCUGGACCAGACUUGAGGGCCGGACUCUGUGCAGCACACCAUGAAGUUCCAUUUGGUUGCAGCUCUGUCUUGUUGGGCAUUGUUGGUCGUCUUUGUGUCUCCAGUUUGCUGUCAGCAGCCUGUGAACUGCAGAUGGGGACCUUUUGGAGAGUGGUCCGAGUGUGACGGCUGCUCCAGGACAAAGGUGCAGACUCGCCAUGUGGAGGUGUAUGCCCAGUUUGGGGGUCAGCCAUGUUCAGGAGAAGCCACACAAACGCAACCAUGUGUCCCACAGAAAGGAUGUCCUCUGGCAACAAACUGUGGAGACAGGUUCCGCUGUACCUCCGGUCAGUGUAUCAGCCGGUCUCUGGUGUGUAACGGAGACCACGACUGUGAGGAUGGCCUGGAUGAGAGAAGCUGUGAUCCAGACAACAGCCAGGACUCAUGUGACAUCGACAAACCCCCCCCCAACUCUGACAUCACAGGCAGAGGGUACAACGUGUUGACCGGCAAACUGAGAGGAGCGGUGAUCAACACUCGGAGCUUUGGAGGGCAGUGCAGGAAGGUGUUCAGUGGUGACCAUAAAGUCCUUUACAGACUGCCACACAACGUCCUCAGGUACAACUUUGAGGUGUCAGUAGACAAUGAAGAGAGCGAUGAAUCCUACGAGAGCUCCUGGUCCUACAUGCAGCACAUCCAGGCCAACGGCUUGCUGGGACAUGACCGUCGCUCUUUCCACAAAGAGCUCACUGAAACUAAGGCCCACAGACUUAUAAUCCUGAAGAAUAAAGUGGAGCUGGCCCAGUUCCAAAACUCUGCCCCUCAGUAUCUGACGCUGGCUGAAGGUUUCUGGGAAGCCUUGUCCUCGCUGCCGUACACGUACGACUACUCCGCCUACCGCCGGCUCUUUGAGACAUACGGCACGCACUACCUCUCCGAGGGCUCACUCGGAGGCGAAUACCAAGGCCUGUUGGAGUUAGACCGUCAGGCGCUCCAAUUGACCAGUACAACACAUAUUGACUAUCAGAGGUGCUGGAGAAAGGUGAAACGCCGUCUCUUUAGGAAGAAAGUUACGACCACCUGUGAAAAAUUUACACAAUCUUUAUCCUCCAGCCAAGGACACAACGUGACCAAGAUGCCCAUUAAGGUCAAUGUGAUUGGAGGAGAUGCGUCCUUUAUUGGCGCUCUGUCUCUCCUGGAUCUGGAAAACCCAGAGGCUAACGGAGAGAUCUACGACAACUGGGCCUCGUCUGUCAAAGACUUCCCUGAAGUCAUAGACCAGAAGCUGCGUCCUCUGUACGAGCUUGUGAAGGAAGUGCAGUGUGCAGGUUUGAAGAAGCUCCACCUGAAGAGAGCCACCGAGGAGUACCUGGCCGAGGAGCACCCCUGUCACUGCCGGCCCUGCCAGAACAACGGGCAGCCGCUGCUGACGGGCUCCGAGUGCCGCUGCGUCUGCCGGCCGGGGACGUCUGGACGAGCCUGUGAGAGGGGGGCUGCGAUCGGAGGACAAACCGGGGUGAUCCAUGGCAGCUGGAGCUGCUGGUCCUCCUGGGGAUCCUGCUCUGGCAGUCAAAGGUCAAGGACCCGAAGCUGUACCAACCCCGCCCCCAGCAGAGGGGGCCAACACUGCUCCGGCCUUCAGGAGGAGCGGAAGCCUUGUGAGGACGCAGAAAUUCAGUACUUACAGAUGAUGGAGCCUCAGUGCUUCAGUCUCUCCGUGACUCCACCCAAGACAUGCGGAUUGCCCCCAAACCUCCGGAACGGAUUUAUUGAGGAUCCCAGAGACUUUUACCUCAUUGGAAACAGGGUGAGGUACGCCUGCAUACAUAGUCAUUACCUCAGGGGAGACGCUGUGGCUGAAUGCACUGAAAACCAGACGUGGAGGACAGGAGCAAAUGUUUGUAAAAGUAACACAUGUGGGAUUCCGGUACUCAACAGUGGUGUUUUAGCCACGCCCACUAAAAAAGCCUAUCAGAUCGGAGACAGAUUGUCCCUGUCCUGCCCUGCGGGGUCAGUCCUGGACGCUGAGGAGUCUGAGACCAUAUGCAGUCCCAGCCUGCAGUGGUCUCCAUCAACAGCCAGCGCACACUGUAAAGCCGCACCCUCAGUUGCCUCUCCUCCAUCAGGCCUGAAGUGUAAGCCGUGGGAGAACGUGGGGAAAACUCAGUGUGUGUGUAAAACGCCAUCUCAGUGCUUGACUUCUCUGCAGUUGUGUGCCAAACUCGGCUCAAGCAAAGCCCGUUUGCUUAGUGUCUGUCAACUCGGAGCUCUGAGGUGUAUGGGCCGGAGCUUUGCGUUGGUUAGUGACAGCGACUGUGCCUGGCCAGAGGAGACGGUCACGUCCUGCGUGGACUGCAAACCAGGGACAAUCUGUCAGGAAUCUAAAUGCGUCUGUCAGAACGCAUCAGAAUGCCCUACAGACUCCGCCCCACUGUGCGUCCGAUCUGGUGCUGGCGGCGUUGCCGUGGCGAUGACUGAAUGUGAGGUGGGGGCCAAACGGUGUGCCGGGGAGCAGGUCAACGUUUCCAGUAUCGAUGCGUGUCCAGAAUAAAGAUGUGUUGUUUUUUAUUUUAGUCAGCACACUCAUACACAAAGGAUGGAGCAGCCAAUAUUUUACCCAACACUUAAAUGAUGUAAAUAUGUUCCUCCACUAGAGCUGGGCGAUAAGAUGAAACAUAUUGUCAAAACGAUA